UUGAAUAAAUAACUGCAGUCCGUCCAGAGUGUAGACCAAAUUCCGGGCAUUUUCUCUCUUUACCUCCCUCCUAUCUUUCUCUUUGUGCUCUUUCCUUCCCUCUUUUUUUCUGUCUCCUGUAUUUCAUUUUUCAUUCCCUCUCUUUCUCUCUCGUUUUCCCCCUCAGAAAAUAAACGGAAAAGGUAUUUUAAUAUUUAUCAAAACCUGGUUAUUUUAUUUUUAUAUAUUUAAAUUUGAUGUGAUGGUGGGAUGGGGCACUGGUUCGCCAUGUCAAUGAAGUCUGAAAAUCCAACCUUGUUGGGUCUCCUCGUUAAUUUUCACCCUAAGGACACACUUCUUCUUCUUCUUCUUUAGUUUCUAUUCUUUUGUCUCUGUGUUGGUCUCGAAUGCAAACCCUCGAUCUUUGGAUUAAUUCCUCCGUAAGCAAUUCGAAUCCCCUCCUCCCUUCGAUCUCUCUCGAUGACGUCCGAGGACGCUUCGACGGCGGGCCCCGACGGUGGAUCUUCACCCGAAGAGCAGCCUCGGAACAACAACAGCAACAACGCCACCACUGCCACCGUCGCCAACAACAACCAUACAGGCCGAAAAGAGCGUCCUUCACGCGCAUGUACCGCUCGUUCCUCAGCUAGGCUGUACACCGCUGCCUCCGCCGCAGAGCGCAAGUCGGUUUCAACCAAGAAAGAGAAAGAGGAGCAACUUCAGCAGCAGCAAUACAGCAAAAUCAUUACACCGCUCGUUAACGAGUCUCCGCCUUCGCAAUUGCCGCGCUGGACUCUCCGGUCAAUGUGGGAGUUAGCCUCUCUUCUCAACUUCUUACAUAUUUUUAGGCCGCUUUUGAAUAUCUCAGCUGAGUUCUCGGCUGAGGAGCUUGAAACUGCUUUGAUCACGCCGAAUAGUACUCUGGAUGAUAUACAUAUACCUUUGUUAAAGGCAAUUCCUCCUGUUACCCGGAUGGCGCUAGGACGUGCUACCUGGGUCACAGUGUUAUGCAGAAAAUUGAGGGAUUGGUGGCAUUGGGUUGCAGAGGGUGAGAUACCAAUUGUAGCCUCACAUGGGAUGGAGGUUGAAGUUUAUAAGGCACUAGAUCCUGGAACUCGUGUAGUUAUUCUGAAAGCACUAUGUGACAUCCGUGUUGAGCAAGAAGAUAUCCGAAACUAUAUUGACAGCUCUAUAAAACAUGGUGUUCAGCUUUCAGGGUUUCGUAAAGAAAGAAUUGGGGGUGAUUCACACGGAAUUUCAUAUUGGUAUGAAGAUGAUCCCAUUAUUGGUCAUCGGUUAUAUCGUGAAAAUAGAAAAAUUGAGGUUAAAAAACUGAAAGGAAGGGGGAUGCCAUCCCUUCCAAAUAUAUUUUGCCAAUGGGAAACAGUAGCAUCCAAUUUAGAUGAGUUCCAGGAGGUUGCUGAGAAGCUUUUUUCAAGUAAAAAUAGAACAGAGGUUGCAGUUGGAAAAAAGUUAAAGAACGACAUGCUUCCUGAGAUUGAGAAGAUACACAAGAGGAAAGAGAGACUGCUGAAAAAACAACAUCGACAAGCCCUACUUCUUGAUAACUAUUUGAAUGUGGAUGGCCUUGCUGCAGGACGCUCUCUUCGUGACAGAAAACCCGUUACCUAUACAUUUGAUGAUUUUGAUCGUUCAAUCAACGAAGCCAUUAAAAUAACGAAGAGAAGACAGUCCUCCCCUGAACAUGUUGCCAGAAGAGAAGUUGCAAAACACGAGGCAUUGACAAAUGGUAGAUGGAAUGGUCCUUCACAGGCCCCACAAUAUAUGCCCCAUGAUGCAUUAUCGCCAAAGGCAACUGAUCACGAAGAAACUGAUGGGGAACAUAAAUUUGGAAAUCUGGACCGCAGCAAUCGGAGAAGGCAGAGGCCAGAGAAGUACUCAGAAUUUGUUGAAGCUGUUUCAGAUGAGGUGGACUUUGACAGUGAUGAUGAUAUAGUUGGAGAAGCAGUAUAUGAUGAGGAGUAUAUAAGGAGCCGGAAACAACGGAAGGUCUCCAGCAGCUCUGAGGGAGAUGAGGAAUACCAUUGGGAUGAAGAAAAUGCUGAAGAUGAGGAGGAUGAUGAAUAUGAUGAUUCUUUUAGUAGUGAGGAUACUGAUGAGCUACAAAGACCUAAGAAUUUUUCUAGUCGAAGGAGGGGAACUAAAUUAAGAUCUGUUGAUGAGAUCCAGUCAGGACUGAGGCGAAGCAAGAGGGCUACACGAAACCGAAUAAAUUAUCGACACUAUGAGCUGUCAGAUUCUGAAACUGAGACAAAACCUGAGAAGUCCAAUACAUCGGAUGGUCACUCUGAUGCAAGCAAUAAUGUGUCAUCAAUGGCGAGCGGUGAUUCUCGGCACAAUGAUGAGGAGGAAAUGAAAGUUGAACAAGCAGUUCAAGACUACAAUGAGACAGUAGAAAAGGAACAGCCUCAACCACCUGAAAAAGCAAAUGGCCUAGGCCAAGAAGAGGUUGAGGGUGUACAAAGGAGAUUUUUAGACUUAAACGAGCUUGCCCCGGGGAGUGGUUUUGAUGAUGGCCCUGGCAUGCUAAUGAAAGAUGAAGACUCCGAUAACUUCUGAAGCAUCCUUUGAAGAAUCUGCGUUCAUGCAGACUUGUAGUUGUAGAUCAUUUGCGGAGGUGUUGUCCUCUUCCUCAAGGAAGCUGGUUGUACGAUAGAUUCAUCUGUGUUGGCUAUUCUGUCCUCUCCUUCCCAUGGCAUAAUACGACCAGCCACUCGGAUGUAAUUUUUUCAAAGCCGUCUGUCAGGAAGCACAGAAAACUAUAUGAUAUUGAGUAUUGUGUGGAAACUAUAACGGGGUAGUCAUUAAAUUUACAUCCACAGCGAUGUAUUAUCACUAGAUGGGAAUUUAUAGAUUAUAGGACGUCCUUGAUCGGUGUGCUCUUAUUCAGUCAAUGUACUAUACACAUGAAACUAAUAUGCCAUCCAUAAAGAAUUGUUGGCUUUUAGAUGUCCAAACCCACCUGCUUUCUUUCUGCAAGUUCGAGUUUGAUCGGUUGGCACUUGGCAGAAUGAUGUAUAGAGAACUGACUCUUGUUGUAACGGAACUAUUCCCUCACGAGGUAAGAAUGUUUCUUUAUUGGUUUCAGCUUUGAAA